AUGUCACCUAUGCACGCCAAUCCUUUUGACAGCGUCAACAUUUUCGUUGACACACAAUGCAAGAAAGCACUUGGCAUACAUUGGGAAGACGUCCUCGAACCUCCGAGGGUACUCAAGCAGGCUAUGGCCUGGAAAGACUUGCCUGAAACAGGCGUCUUUGAUACUUGCGAUAUUGGCGAGAGCCGCGAAUAUUGA